UGGGCCCAAAAUCCCAUCUGAACCCUGUGAGAGGUUAGCGUCUUCAUACAAGCAUUGCAGACAAAGACGUCUCCAAAUCUUAAUUAAAUUUAGUUAGCAUGGUCAACAAUUUUUUCUUGUGCUAUUCCAUGUUAUUGCACUUAAUUUUUGUGGGUUGAAAUGUUACAUCACCUCCUACAAGAACUUAAAGACAGCAUCAAACAAAUAAAUAGGCUACAGACAAAUAGCAAGGUUACAGAAACAAAAGAGAUAUAAUUAACCAGGAACACACUGCAUUGUAAGAUUGUGCCAAGACUGCUUUUUGUCAGAGCAGCGUCCUUGGUCCAAAACAGCAGAAUAUUUUUCCUGGCAGCAAAAGUCAAAAGAUUGAAGAGUCUCUUGUGUUUGAUAUUUGUAAUGGGACCAUCUGGGAGACUGAAUGAGAGGCACAUAGGGUCUAAUUCUGUUUAAGCACCAAAUAUAACACAGUUCAUUCACAAUAUUAGACCAAUAGCUCUGUAGCUGCCAGACUUAGAGUUACACUUGCAGCAGAGAGGAGGCGUAUUAGCAUCCAUUUUGUUUUUGAGAGCAGGUGUGUAAUGUACAGUUCUGAACUGAGUAGAUUUGGUUGGAUUACAGAUAGAUAUUUCCAGAGCAUGGAUCCACACUUCCUGCCACUCCAGGUCGUCAGUAGAGAUGUGCUUUUCCCAGGCUUGCUUAGUAGCUUGGUAAGUAAUAGUAUCUAUCUAUGUAAGAACACUAAUGUGUAGACGAAAGGUAAGUUCUAAAAAAACAACUGUACAUUUACUCUUAUACUGACAUCACUCUCAAGUACAUUGGGAGUAACAAAAACUGGAGUCUACGUGUGCACACUUACUUGGCCAGUAAAGCUGAUUCUGAUUGAUCUGCUAAUAAACCUACAGGGACUUAGUGUGAAUCAAGCUUAUGGCAGUUUUCUGGAGGCACAUCUCCACCAUCUGCCUGACACAGUGACAUCAAAUGGACUAUUUUACAGUGUAUAAUGCGGUUCAUGGUACAGAUUUUGGCAUCGCUUCAGGUUUACUUCCACUGCAGUACCACUAGGGGGCACCAGAUAGCCACCAAACACCACAAGCACUUAGAAUAACCAAUUUUAUGGUACACUGUUCUCUUCAAGGUAGAUAUAAUUAAAGAGCAGGAAACAAAUUUAAAAGUUGUGUGGCAAAAUAAAAUGACAGACUAAAAGGCUGCCCAUGGUUGGUUUCACUGCUACAUUGUUUGCUCGCUCUGGUGCCUUCACCUGAUUGGUGACAGGCCAAAACAGCAACACAAAAACAUUCCCCUCUGUGUAGCCUCACAUCAGCUCCCCCUCCUCCGUGAAAGAGGACUUAUCCACCCGUGCUGCAAUUCGUCUACAAUCUUUAAUUUGAAGUCACUCCUACCGGAGCGUGUUCCCUCAGACAGAAUUACGCACUGUAGCCUGCUAUUUACAUUCACAGUCUAUUGAAACAGCACAUCAGUGGAUCUCUGUACCAAGGACGCAGCCUGUGAAUCACUGUCUGAAUGCAGCUUUUCAUUUGUUGAAGGUGUUCUUUUUCCUCCUGCGUGGAUGAGACCUGGACAAAAAGUUGGCACUCGCAGCAGACUCCUUUGCGUAAAGGACCGCGUGUGAAUCAUGUAUUGCGCAGAAUCUCUGCUCACUUGCGAUUAAUUUACAGGAGAGAGGCGCAUCUCCACCUCACAGGAUGCGAGUGGCGCGCUGAGUGUGAUUGCAUGCUUUUGGGCAGGGGGUACCAAACUUGCGUAAAGAGCCCGUCUCUGCACAAGUAUUGAUCGCUGGUCACAGUUAAGUGAUUGAUACAAUGUCAGCCUUGCGGAGGAAAUUUGGCGAGGACUACCAGGUGGUGAACACCAACCGGAGCAUGACUUUUUCCGCACCGGCGAAGAGAAAGCGGCAGCGCUUUGUAGAGAAGAACGGCCGCUGCAAUGUCCAGCACGGUAACCUUGGCGGGGAGACCAGCCGGUACAUCUCGGAUCUCUUUACCACGCUGGUGGAUCUCAAGUGGCGCUGGAACCUCCUCAUCUUCAUCCUCACUUACACAGUUGCGUGGCUGGUGAUGGCUUCAAUGUGGUGGGUGAUCGCCUACAUCCGCGGCGACCUGAGCCACGGCGGCCACGACUCGUCCUACACCCCGUGCGUCGCCAACGUCUACAACUUUCCCUCCGCGUUCCUGUUUUUCAUCGAGACGGAGGCGACCAUCGGCUACGGCUACCGCUACAUCACGGAGAAGUGCCCGGAGGGGAUCAUCCUCUUCUUGUUCCAGUCGCUGCUGGGCUCCAUCGUGGACGCCUUCCUCAUCGGCUGCAUGUUCAUCAAGAUGUCGCAGCCGAAGAAGCGCGCGGAGACGCUGAUGUUUAGCCAGGACGCGGUCAUUUCGCAGCGGGACGGGAAGUUGUGCCUCAUGUUCCGAGUGGGGAACCUGCGGAACAGUCACAUGGUGUCCGCGCAGAUCAGGUGCAAACUCAUCAAGUCUCGGCAGACCCCAGAGGGCGAGUUCCUGCCACUGGACCAGUGUGAGCUGGACGUAGGUUUCGGGACGGGGGCGGACCAGCUCUUCUUGGUGUCACCUCUUACCAUCUGCCACGAGAUCAACACCAAGAGCCCGUUCUUUGAUCUGUCGCAGCGCUCACUCAUGAACGAGCAGUUUGAGAUUGUUGUCAUCCUAGAAGGAAUCGUGGAGACGACUGGAAUGACCUGCCAGGCGAGGACGUCUUACACCGAAGAUGAAGUCUUGUGGGGCCAUCGUUUCCUCCCUGUCAUGUCACUGGAGGAGGGCUUCUUCAGAGUCGAUUACUCCCAAUUCCACAACACCUUUGAGGUCAACACGCCUCCCUACAGUGUAAAAGAGCAGGAGGAGAAGUCCUCGUUGACGUCGCCCAACUCUCUCCCUGUCGCACCCACCCCCUCCUCUCCUCUGCUGGGUAACGGUGGCCGCGGAGGCCGCAGGGAAAGGCUUCUGUCAGCUGACUAUGCAGACCAUGUAGAGGACCAAGCCUCCAGGCUGCCCAGCAAGCUCCAGCGCAUGAGCUCUACCAAGGAGGAGCACCUCUGGAGGGGACUGAAGACGGGGCCAGCUUUGCCUGGGGGGAAGGCAUCCAGCACAGGAGACCUUCCGCUUAGCAUUCAGAGGCUGAGGUCCAGCUCCAUCCCGGUUGCGCGGCAAGGACAGCUGGAGGAGCAGGUCCAGCUGCUGUCCUUGGAUGGAGAAGCUGAGGAGGGUGAGCUGGAGAGACACAGACUGCCAGCAGCCAUUAGCACCAUCUCUGCCCCAACCCCAACCCCAGUCCAUAUCCCCUUGGUAGGGAGUAGGCCAGAGGACAACCUGCCCGCCAAACUGCGCAGAAUGAACGCUGACCGCUGACUUCUUUUCUGCAGACUACUUUUAACUUUUAAGACGUUUGAAAAUUGAAUCAGGCUUGAUGGGCAUUGCAUAAAAAUAAAGACUACUGUGAUAUAAGUUUUAUUUUUUUUCUGCAGAUUUCGGUCAGUAUUUUACAUUUACUUAUGGGCUCUCUACUUAGUUGUCUAAUGCCACAAAUAGAAUGACAACACCAAUAAGCCAUCCAUCCGCUCAUACUGUGAGUCAUUUUUGAUAGAUCACCAUCUGUGCCCCCCCACUGACCUCGAACACUUCUGCCCUUGUGCUUGUUUCUUUCACUUAAUGUUUAUAGAGUUGCAUCAAAGACUUUAUUGUCUCAAACUACACUUCUCUCAACUAAUGAAGCACCAAAGUGAUUGUCACAAAUAAGACUGAUCUGAACUGACCAUUCGCUAACCCCCUCCCCCAGAACAGUGAUUGUCUAAUCAUAGCUUAGCAACUGUAACUAGGCACGGCAGAUCUGUCAAGCUUUGGAUUUCUCCACAUGCCUCAAACAGUGUACAUGAGGCUUUAGUGAGACAAAAGACCCACUGAAAGCAGCAUGAUGCAAAGUUUUCCCUCAUUUAUUUUCUACGGGGUGUCAGCAAAAUAAUUCGAAAGAUACUGUGGGCUUCCUUGUGAUGCAGGAGUGACCAGUGAUAUGAAAAUAAGGAGGGGUCAAAAGUUAAACAUUUUUAACUGGAUGCAAAUGAGGGCGAAAUUAGCUUUGUUUGCUUCUUGUGGGUCUUCACAACAAGAGUGGUACCUCUACAUUUAAAGAGUUUGGAUCAGCGUUGCCAGAUAUGCGAUAAUUGUUUUUGUAUGAUAAUUUUGCCCUCUACGAUGUACGAUCCAUACUGACAAAAAGUGCCAUAAUGUACUACCUUUUCUGAUGAUAACAAUUAGCAGUUGGUUUCAGUAUCAUUUUACUUGAUUUCCUGAUGUGUUCAGGUGUGCAAAAUAUGGAUCCUAGGGACUCUUAGGGACUCAUCCCCUCUUCCAGACAUCCUAGCUACAUAAGCUUGCAUUAAAACAUUUUUAAAAAGCAGGUAUAUUUGUAGGCACGUCAAAAAGUUGUUUCCAUACGUAUUUUGUUAAAUUACACAUUAUUUAUACCUAUUUGUUCUUGUGCUUAUGACUCACAGAUGAUCUUUUUUUCAAAAUACAACAUUUUAAAGCCUAUUUUCCACAUGGCAACGCUGGUUUGUAUGGUGGUAUAUUUCUUUUAACCUUUCAAAACCAAAAACACAAGCAAAAGUGUGAGAAAUGGAUUAAACUGUGUGUUUAUAUGCUUUAAAGUAAGCAUGUCUGGCUAACAAGCUUAGUACCUGUAGUUUGUGGGGUUACAGCAAGCGACAACCUCCAGCACUGAAAAACAAAGCCAACACGAAGUGCAAAAAACUGCAGUCUUUUAAAUGGCCAUUUGAGGCUGGCUCCAGAGGCGAGUGUGUCCCAAUAUACCCCCAUGUUAAAAUGCUCAACUUUAACUUAAAUAAACAUGUCUACAGCCUGGUACAAAAAUCAGUUUUGGUCUGUAUAGCUAAUUUCCCUCAUCAUGACAACUGCACAGACGGUAAAUUUUUAUGUAACUCACCGGUUACAUUUUUAUUAUGGCUUAAAAUUAUGCAUAUUUAAGGGGAGGGCCACAUGAGUGACAGGCUGUGUGAUCCAUCCACCACCUCAGAAUGCCUCCUUGGGCCGCUCGGGACCACUUCUUUUUUCACUCCCGUCAGCGCAUUGGUCACAUGAUCACAGCCUUUCAAAAUACUUGGGUUAUGCACAAAUUACUGGCUCAACAUUACUUGGAGUAUGUAUAAAUUUUGACACAUUACUUUUCAUAGAAAUACAUAUGAACAGUGUAUGAGAACAGCCAGAGUAUUUCCACACUGUGUGGAAGCUGAUCCUGGAAGCUAUCAGAGUGUAGCUAAUGUUAGCAGCUCUGUCCCACGGGUGAGGAUGCUGGCUUUUUACAUGGACCUAUUAGCUUUAGCUUGAGUGUUUUAGCACAAUAUUGUGUAUGUAGCCAUCAAGUGCAUAUUUAAGACCAUAUUUCAUCAUUUUUAGGAGAGUAAGGUAAAAAAAAUAUUAACAAAAGUAUCUAAUUUUUAGCCAACUCAUGAAGCUAAUGUUAGCUUAACUAGCUAGCUAAGGUACCGCUGGUUGCUGGCUGGAAAUGGUAAACCUGCUUUUGUCUACCUCUGUGUAAAAUGAAGUAUUGUUCGAUUGCUAAGAAUUCUGUGUGGUAGUCUGCCACCGUAAUCACUGUAAACUGCAUAUGUGCCGUGUGAGAAUGAAAGCUUGACAGGCAUAGUGACAGUAACUGAUGGGGCUUAGCUAAUGGUCAAUCAAUGUAAACUGCAUAAAAAAGUCAUAAAACCCUGAAACACAAGUCAGGUUGAUACACUAUAUUUAUUUAUCACUGGUACUGAAUAUUUGUUUGUUUGAAUGCUCAUUUGAUUUGUAUGUUUACUACUGUACAAUUUUAACUAUUUUUUACCUCUGGGUGCAGUGUUUGCAUUGGCCCGUUAUACGCAUGGGUGACAAAAUGUAAUCACAGUUUUGGACUCUUUUAUCAUGAACUGAUUUACAAAAAUGUAAAACAAAUAUUUGGGAUUGCAGGGUUGCUGACAUCAGGGGACACGUGUAUUAUUGCUAAUAUAAAAGGUAAGAUAAAACUUCAUAUUG